AUGAGGGAGGCACUGCGCGGACGCUCGGGCAACCAGCCGGCCCCGAGCAGCCCCCUCUGCCCCGCCGCUCCCCCCAUGGCGCAGCCCUGGUCCCACACGCGCGCCGCGCUGGGACGGCUGGAGAAGGCGCUGAGCUGCUCCCGCUGCGCCGGCGUGCUGCGGGAGCCCGUGUCCCUGGGGCAGUGCGAGCACGUCUUCUGCCUGUGCUGUGUGAGUGACUGUGUUGGCACCGAGUGCCCUGUGUGCCACAUGCCAGCCUGGGUGCGGGACGCGCAGAUCAACCGGCAGCUGGAUAACAUGAUCCAGCUCUGCAGCAAGCUGCGGCAGCUCCUGGGCACUGACACCUCAGAUUCAGCAGAAGUUACAUGCACACCGACUGACUCAAACAUAGGAAAAAAGAGCAACAAGGAGCAGAUAAAAAUGUGGUUCAGCCCAAGAAGCAGGAAGAUUCGAUGUGUGGUGAACAGGAGUCCUGCUGAGACUAAAAGCAGUGCCCUUAGUCAAGACACAUCUUCAGUUUAUGAUUUCUUUCCUUCCCCUCCUGACGAAAAGCCCUCCAAGCCGACAAAAAGACCAACCCAGAAGCAGAGUAAGAAGAUGAAGAAGAAACAACUAGCAGACAUUAACAAAAAGUGGAGCUUAGAGAAACCUGAGCAGAAAAGAGCUGAGGAGAAGACUCCCAAGCAAAAGUGUGUGACCAUCUGCAGUCAGCCAGUAGUGCUGUGCACUCAGGAACCAAAGAGUCCUGAAGAAAGAUCUCAGCAGGAGUCUGUAAAGAAAGCUGACUCCAGCAGUAAUACAGAGGAUGUGGCAGUUCCACCACAGGUAGAAUCCUCAGAGAAGAAAGAUAACAGUGAGGUUGUGUGCUCUGCAGAAGAUAGCAAGGAAAAAAAUGCUGCAGAAACAUUGCUGUCAAUAGCAAAUGAAGUUACACCUUUGAAACGUGGAAGGAAGCAGUCCAUACUUCAGGGUACUCCUCAGUCCAAAAGAGCAAGGAGAAGUGAGGGGAACAUUCCUGGGGAGUCAGGCAGGCAGGCCAAUGGCCUAGAGGAGUCACUGCAGGGCUCCCCCAUCUCCCCAGCCACUGAUCAGACACCAGUUAAGAUUUCCUCCUCUACAUCCAAACCCACUGACACUGGAAUGAAGACAAGAUCUGCAGCCCUUCAAGCAAUAAGCAGUCCUUCCCUCUCAGAGUGUCCCUCUACCCCAUCCACUUCUAAGACUUGCAGUCAAGUAGCAACAGCACUCAGUCCUUCUGUGUUGAGAUCCCCUGGGGUCAACCCAAUUGCCAGAAGAAAUUACAAGGGAGAGACUUUGCUCCAUGUUGCUUCCAUCAAGGGUGACUUAGCAGCUGUGGAGCAGCUGCUGAAAAAUGGGGCAGAUCCCAAUAUCAAAGAUAAUGCUGGCUGGACACCACUGCACGAGGCGUGUAACCACGGGCACAGGGACGUGGUGGAGCUGCUGCUGCAGCACCGGGCGCUGGUGAACACCACGGGCUACCAGAACGACUCCCCCCUGCACGACGCGGCCAGGAACGGCCACCAGGCCAUCGUGGAGCUGCUGCUCCAGCACGGCGCCUGCCGGGAUGCAGUUAAUAUAUUUGGUCUGCGGCCUGUGGACUAUGCAGAAAGUGAAAAGAUGAAAUCUGUGCUAAUGUUACCAGCGAAGAAUGAAUCAUUUUCACUUAAGCAGCUCUCUGAGGCACUGAGCUCCAGCCAGCCAAGAAAUGGACCCCUUGGUAUACUGGGGAGCAAUCUUAGUGCAGAGCAGCAGAAAUUGCUGAACAAAUUAGCAACAGUCCUGAAGGCCCAGAGGUGCACUGAAUUUAACAGCAGAGUAACUCAUCUUGUUAUCCCUGAUGUUCCAAUGCCAACUACUGUCAAAUGCAUGAUGGCUCUUCUGACUGGAUGUUGGGUCCUCAAGUUUGAAUGGGUCCAAGCCUGUCUGCAGAGCUCAGUCCGAGAACAAGAAGAGAAGUACGAGGUGCAAGGUGGCCCCCGGCGAGGGCGGCUCAACAGGGAGCAGCUGCUGCCUAAAUUGUUUGAUGGGUGCUACUUCUAUUUUUUGGGACCUUUCAAACAGCACAAGAAGAGUGAUCUGCUGGAGCUGGUGAAGGCAGCAGGUGGCCAGGUCCUGCUGAGGCAGCCCAAACCAGACAGUGAUGUGACACAGACCAUCAACACCGUGGCCUACCAUGCAGAGCCCACCUCUGACCAGAGGCUCUGCACUCAGUAUGUCAUCUAUGACGUGGCUUCCAAGUUCCAGCCAGACAAAAUCCGCCAGGGCAAGGUGUGGAUGGCCCCCUCCAGCUGGCUCAUAGACUGUGUGCUGGCAUUUCAGCUCCUGCCUGUCCAGUGAACAGCAGAUAGCAUCCCUUCAGUCUUGGGCAGCUGGGAUGCUCUGGCAAAUUGCUCUGAAGCUGGCUUUUCUGUUUGGGAUUCAGGAGAGCUUUGAGCAUUUAAGUGAGUUAUUAAGGUGACUGAUAUGCUGGAAUAAAUGAAUGUACAGUGAAGGAGAGGAUUGAAAAGUGUGCUUGGCGUAUUUAAUAUGCUUUAUUUUUGCAUUGAACUUAAUGCUUAAUAAAUAAUCACUGACAUUUUGUAACUGGGAUUUUGCAAAAUGAAACCUUUUGCUUUCUUGAUUUGAACCAGCCCUUUGUCAGCAAUUGAGCAUGACCCCAUUUAUGGUGUGUUUAACAUCCAUUGAUCAACAUCUACUGUAUUUAUCAAGAUUUCCCAGGCCAGAAUUUAUAGUUUUGAAUAGAAAGGAUUCCAUGCAUUUGAAUCUGUGCAGACAUGUCAGGUGAUGUGUGACAUUUAUUAAAACUUCUUAAAACUGAAUUUUGCUGGAAAUUCUUAGCAUGGGAUAAGUUUUGUUGAAAUCAGAGUUAAACAAAUGACCUGAAUUCAUCUGGAAGCUCACUUCUGAGAACACUGUAUUUAAAAAUCUUGGUCUAAAAAUUUACUUAUUUGUAAAAAGAUUGAUGCUUUAUUUCUGUCCUCAUCCAUGCUUGUAAACAUGUAACUAGAAUCCAGUUCUAUUUUCUGAAGGCUUUUAGCAUUGAGAUCCUUACUUAAUUAUUAUAAUAAAUAUUUUUGUAAAUUUA